GUGGAGACAAAAAAGACGUGCAAUAGGCAAUGCACAAGAAGAUCCACACUCGCAGAAAUAGAUGCAAUGGGAAAUAUUUGUUAAAAUAAAUAUAUAUAUAUUGCAAUUCUGUUCGUCAUAACACACAGUGGGACAUUUAGCAUAUAAUUAUGUCUCUAAACUGGAACUUUUAAUUGCAUUUUUCCUUUCACUAUAUCUGUCAUCCUUAAUCAGUCAACGAUAACCCACUGAUUUAUAAGCGACCAUUCAACUAGGACAGGCACGAACAAGCAACAGGGCAAGAAUUUAAUCUGACUUUUAAAAUCUGUUUUCUUUUUUUUUUUUCAACGUAGAUGCCAUCCCGAAAGCCGCGAACAACGCCUUGGAGAAAAGGAGGAGAGAGACGGAAAAGGAAUAAUCGAGAGAGUUCAUGAGUCAGUCGCGCUAACUAGCCACGGUCGGAUCGUUAACGAAAAGCAGCCCGUCUCGGAGGAAAACUAGUCCUCCCGUCCAGCCUGCCCCGUUUGACAAGCUGGGGGAGCCGGGUUCAGGCAGCAGAAGCAGUAGCAGCGGAGGAGGAGGGAAGAUAGUUUUGGGAAGAGGUGUAGGGCGACAGUCGCGAGACAAAGGGGGUUGCGGUUGCGGCUGCGUUGAAUCUCCCCUGCCUGGUCUUUUCUGAAUCUGCGGGCUCUCUGCAACACCUUCGUCUUUGGCGGAAUUGCUACGCGGAGAAUAGCGUGUGUGGAGUAGGAAGAGAGUGGUUUUUUUUUUUUUUUUUUUCUUUCUCCACCUCCCCUGAAAGCCAAGCGAUAGGGGAGAUCUUGCACUACGGGGUGUCGCACGAAGAAAACGCCAAACAUUUCGGACUGAGGGCGAAACUGCUGGAUGUUUUCGGGUCGCCUGUGUGUGUACUAGUUUUUCUUUUGGUUCGUGUCGAAGGUAAAAAGCGGAACAAAGGGGGAGCGAGACCCGGGAGGGGAAUGCGCGAGCGGAGACGAGCUUGCAGCCGUUGCCUGCGAAAGAAGGCCUGACGUGUUUCUGAAACAAACAACAACAACAACAACAGCAAUUUUAACAAUAAAAAAAACCAGAAUUUAAUAAAUCGUCCAGGCGUCAAAGAUGUUCCCUCAAAAUCGACCUCCGGCACCUCUGCAGGCACCCCCGGGGUCCUCGGCGUCGGUGGCAGCGGUGGCUGCCGCAGCAGGUGCCCCGCAGGCCCUGAAACUGACCUACCCCGAGACCCUGGACCGCAUCAAGGAGGAGUUCCAGUUCCUGCAGACACAGUACCACAGUCUGAAGAUGGAGUGUGAGAAGCUGGCUACAGAGAAGACGGAGAUUCAGAGACACUAUGUGAUGUACUAUGAGAUGUCGUACGGCCUGAACAUCGAGAUGCACAAACAGACGGAGAUUGCCAAGAGGCUGAACGUGAUCUGUGCCCAGCUCAUCCCCUUCCUGUCACAGGAGCACCAGCAGCAGGUGGUCCAGGCCAUGGAGCGCGCCAAGCAGGUGACUAUGGGGGAGUUGAAUGCCGCGAUAGGGGUACGUGGACUCCCCCUUCUGCCUCCCACAGUGUGUACCUCCAUCUUCAACUUCAUCCUUUUAUUCUUUUUGGGGCGUUUUUGUGGCUUUGGGGCGUUUUUGUGUUUGGCUUUGGCAAGAGGAAAAUGCUGUUCUCUUUCUUGCUUCCCCAUGAACGUGCAGUUAGGAAAAUAGGAAGGGGGGAUUUCUGUGGAAGAGAGAGA